AUGGAAGGCAAGGGUGUUAAAAUUUUCAAUAAUGACAAUAGCAAACAAGCAAGCAAAUAAUAAGUAAGCAAAGAAAUAAAAGAUAUUUUGGAUGAAGAAUAAUAUAUUCCAGUCGAUUAAUACCUUGACUAUGCUAAUAAAAAUAUUGGAAAAAUCAAAACAAAUUAACUGAACUUAGAGUUCUUAUCUAAAAAUGAUCACUGUGUAUCGCUAAUUGACAUUUAAAUGACAUCAAAGGGACCUUAAGAGGAUAGACUCUUUAAGAAAGUUACUUCAUACCAGAAAAAUAUGAGGAGAGGUAACACAAUUCUACAAAUAAAAAGUAGCGAUGGACAUGAUCCUAGUGUCAAAGAGAUACCUAGUUUUUAAUGGGUGAGAAGAGGGCUAAAUAAGUUUUAUGACAUCAAAUUAGAGUACAUAAAUCAUUAAAGAUUGAUGAUUACCAAUCAGGGAGAUUAAAACUUAAAGUCAUAUGUAAUGGGUCCUAUAUUUUAAGCAUUUAAGUUAAACCAAAACAAUCAUAUAUCUUUGCUGAGAUCUGAGAAAGCAAAUGGUGAAAAUGUUCAAAUUUCAUAUGUAAAAGAGUUUGAUUUAUGGGCAAUCUCCUCUAAAAAUGUUUGUAUUCUGGCGAAUGGUGAAGAAGAGUUUAAGUUUUAUUAAGACUAAAGGUAUGAUUAUACAAAGCAGAUUGCUAUUCAAUGGUUUAAGCUGAUAUCUGAAUUUGACUCGGAAAAAGUAUAAGUUUUGAAAAAUGAUUUAAAUGGCUAUACUCUAAUAGGAGAACAAGUUGGUGUUGAGGGUUAUUAGCAUUUGAUUGAAUAUACUCAUUAAUAUUUGAAAUUUUACUGCAUGAUUAAAAAUGAUUCUGAUUAGCUGUGCCAGCCUAUUUAAUUUUUCGAGGAAUUUAUAAAUAAAUAUGGAUUUAGGAGAGUUUAAUUUAUGAACGAGGGAACAUAUUAAGAUUAUGAUAGUUUAUGUGAUCGUUUAUUAGUAAUCUAUAAAGAAUUGUAUGAAUCUUCAAUCAGAGAUUAAGGAGAAGGGGCUGUUAUCUAUUUUGUUUAAAAUUAUGAGUAAAAUUCAGAGAGAGUGAUUUCUCUGGGUAAACUUAAAACUCUAGAGUAUCGAAUUUUUAGGAAGCUAAGAGAAAAAUUGAGGCAUCAAGUAAAUGAUCAUUUUAUUUAGGGCUAAUAAAGUUAAUUAAAAAAUAGUGAAGAAUCCAAAUCUAAAAAAUAAGAUAAGCAGGAGAUUUGUAUAAAGGAAAUAAGAGAAAUUUGCACAGGAUAUAAAUUACCCUUUGAUAUUUAAGUUUAUCUAGAAAUAGUCAAUGAUUCAUUUCAAUCUCUUAAGAUCAAUACUAAGCAGCAUAGCUAUUUAAAUGAGUAACUUUAAAGUAAAUUUAUUGACUUCAUUAAGACAAUUAUUAAGCAGAACAACCUAGUUUUGGAAUAGUUAAGUGGCAUCGAUAUAGAUUCCUACUUUAUCAAUGAUUCAAUUAAAGAAAUUAGCCAGCAACAAAAGUUAGAUAUUCAUUAGCGUCCAAAAUAGGAUAACUUAAUCAUAUAAUAGAAUAAAAACUAGUAACUUAUACAGUAGUAGAAGGCAUAAAAUAAUAAUUAAAAGAAUCAGUAAAUUAAGAAGCCUAUAUAUCUAGGUAUAGCCUUUGAUGAAGAAAAUCUAAAAAUAAUCAAUGAUUACCUAGUUAAAUCAGUAGAUGUUGCUUUUGAAUGUCUCAAAGAUACGAAUUCAUCUAUUAGUUAAAUAAAGUUAGCUUUUGAUUCAAAUAAAUUUGACAGUAUAAAUAUAAAACCGAUAGAAUCUACUCAUUUAACAACUAUUUUUAUGAAAGAAGUUUAAUAAAAUUAUCCCAAAGCUUCAUUUUAAGAAUAGAUUGAUUUACAUGAUAAAGGAAUACUUAUUGAUGCUGAUUUAAUAGGAGUAGCAAUUGUGCCCGAAAAAAUAAUAACUGCUGUUGUGAGAUUAAAUUUAAAUCCUACUGAUAAUCUCUAGUUUCAUAAUCAUAUUCCUCAUCUGACUUUGGGAGUGGGAAGUAGAUAAGCAAGAUGGUCUAAUACUUUGCUGAAAGCCUUAAUUAAAGGGAAUUACACUAAUAUGGGCGACCUCUAUUGGAAAUUAGUUAAUGAAGUUAAAGAUUGUGAUAAUCCAGCAAAAGUCGAAGUGUAAUGCGUGAUGGUUGAUAAUCAAGAGGAAAGAGUUAUAUUAGUAGGUGGAUUCGAAUAGAAAGUCAAAGGAUUUACAAAGGUAUUUUACUCUUGA